CACUAAUAUAAAUUACAGACAUUCUUUGCAUUUGCAUGGCUGAAAUAAACAUCCAUUGUACAUGUUUACUUCCAUGCUAUGAAAACAGGAUUGAUUAGCACAGCAGAAAUGAUCAUUUAAAUGAACUUAAUGAACUUUUUGGUGCAAAACAUUGAAUAAAAGUUACAAUGUAGACUGUGUAGGCUACUGUGUUUCACACAUUUUAAAAAGGGUUUUAAGUGAGAGAGAUGGCCACAAAGAAACGUUACAUUAUGGCCUGUGCAUGAGUAGCCUACAUACUGACUUUACAGACCAAUCAAGUGUGCUUGUGGACCUCUUGACCCCUGUGCAAUUUCUUGAUCUCAAUAAUAAUCAUUAUAUAACACGCAGUAAAACAUAAUCUUUUUUUUCUCCAAGCACAGAUGUAGGAUCAAAGUUCUUUUUUUCUUCACAUCCUAAAUAUAAAACAUUGCAUAAUGUCAUAAAGGCGAUCUGUCUCUAAGCAUUUGCAUCUCGUGAGCGCGCAGACACAUGCUACCUAUAGCUGGCAGGAGCUGAGACUCCUGACUGAUCCCAGGCCUGCUCACUACAUGCAGGCGGACGUGCGUCGCAUAGACUAGACGCUGCACACACCGACACAGACCCGUAGCCUACUGACGCUUCCACCUCGGUGAGCUUCGACCUCCGCUCAGCUGUGUGCUAUUUGCAGUCUCCGUGUGACAGCUAUAAUUCGGCGUCCUUUUGACGAGGCUGUGGAUACGUAAGUGUUGCGCCAUGCUGCCGCACAGCUGCUUUUUUUAAUUCCUCAAGACGGGAACGGGAGACCUCCGCCAUCGGUGAAAAUUGAGAUGUGUUCUCUAAACCGCUCGUCUGAACGGAUGCUCUCUGAAAUGGUGUCUGAAGCUAACCCUGGUCGCCUCUGUCCAGCAGGGAUCAGAAGCAUGGAGAGGGCUGCUUCUGACGCGCUUUGAGAUGAAGGAUAAGAAGAAAAAAAGAGACGUGAAAUGAUUUUUCUUUUUGUUUGUUUUGUUUGGUUCUGUUUUGUUUAUGAUGGGGAUUAAUGCGCAUCCAGAUGGGAUUUAUUCCUGAGUAGUUUUCAGCUGAAGGGGGCGGCGGAUCGUGUUGAUUUUGUUCUAAAUUCAGACCUGGAAGAGAGAGAGGGGAAAAAGGAUACCGCUGCUGCUCGUCGGUGAAUUGAUGUGGGAAUACGCGCUACCUGGGCUGCAUAGAUGGCAAACACAAGCGAGUUAGGAGAGAGCAGCCCGUCCUUACAGAACUAUGCGUCCACGGCCUCUGCGGUCAAGCUGGCCUCGCUGGGUCUGAUCAUGGGCAUCAGCCUGCUGGGCAACGCGUCGCUGUCGCUGCUGCUGCUGAAGGACAGCUCGCUGCAUAAGGCGCCCUACUAUUUCCUGCUGGAUCUGUGCCUGGCGGACGUGGUGCGCUCUGCCGUCUGCUUCCCCUUCGUGAUGGCAUCGAUCGGCGGCGGCUCCGCCUGGCCGUACAGCCCCCUGAGCUGCAAGAUCGUCGCCUUCAUGUCGGUGCUUUUCUGCUUCCACGUCGCCUUCCUGCUCUUCUGCGUCAGCGUCACCCGGUACAUGGCGAUCGCCCACCACAGGUUCUACUCGAAGCGGAUGAAUCUGUGUACGUGCGUGGCGGUGAUCUGCAUGGUGUGGACUCUCUCCGUGGCGAUGGCUUUUCCUCCGGUUUUCGACGUGGGCACCUACAAGUUUAUCCGUGAGGAGGAGCAGUGCAUCUUCGAGCACCGCUACGUGAAGGCGAACGACACCCUGGGCUUCAUGCUGAUGCUGGCCGUCAUCGUGGGGACGACUCAUGUGGUUUACAUAAAGAUGCUGUGCUUCGUUUACGACCACCGCAAGAUGAAGCCGGCUCAGCUGGUGCCCGCUAUCAGCCAGAACUGGACUUUCCACGGCCCCGGGGCCACCGGGCAAGCCGCCGCCAACUGGAUCGCCGGCUUCGGCCGCGGACCGACCCCUCCGACGCUGGUGGGGAUCAGACAGGCUUCGCACCCCGGCAACAGGAGACUGCUGGUGCUGGAUGAGUUUAAGAUGGAGAAGCGCAUCGGGAAGAUGUACUACAUGAUUACGCUGACCUUCCUCAUUUUGUGGGCGCCUUACAUAAGCGCCUGUUACCUGAGGAUAUUUGUGCGAGGGGCCCCGGUCCCGCAGCUUUACCUGACGGCUGCUGUGUGGAUGAGCUUCGCCCAGGCGGGAGCGAACCCCAUCAUCAGCUUUCUGUUCAACAAGGAGCUCCGGAUGAGGCUCCGAGCGUGUUUCCCCUGUUGCCUGGGAACGCAGACACCCAUGGAGCCGUACUGUGUCAUCUGAACCGCAGCGGGACCCUCAAAUACUGCCAAAGACACGUUUGUGUAGGAUUUCAGAAUGUACACGGAAUGCGCCCCCCCCCCCCCCCCCCCAAAUGUAUUUGCAUACAGGGACCAACCAAACCUUAGUUUACCCACAUUUCUAUCAGUGGCAAAGGGUUUACACACUAUUUUAAUCUGACAGAACUUUACUGAUGGUGUAAAUUUCUGCUAUAUUUUGCUUUCUGGACUGAUUUAACUCACAUGAAGCAUAAUAUGUAACAAUUUAAUUAAAAAGAAAUAGGCUGCAGUGUAUUGGAGCUGGGUAUCAUGGGGAAACCACUCUUCAUUUUUGCCUCUGCAUGUAUUUUAGGUGUUAUUCAUUCCAGAGGUAAGACGCAGCACAUGCAACUUACAUGUGCCCUGUUAAAUCCUACCUUUGAUGAACGACCUUUUUCCAUAUCUCCAUAUUUUACACGAAUGUUGCCUAUUUUCUUUGUAUAUUAAAAAAAAAUUGAAAUAUUAUCCCAACAAAUCAAUUUGAUGUUGUGGCCCACUGGAAAACUACAAAAAGCAGAACUACACUUGAUCAGACCCCCCACCCCCAUCCAACAUCUGUAUCAUCUUUACUUAUCAGUCAUUUAAAUACUAAAGCUAAGAUACAGAUCUCAGUAUGUUUUUAAUGAAGGCAAUAUCACAUUUGUAAAUACUGUAAAGCCCUGCUAACCCCUUCCUUGAGCUUUUUUUUUUACACCCAUAUAUCCUUGUAUAGUUCAUAAUCUCUCAGAACUCUUUGUGUUGAACGAGGUGUUUGAACUCACUUUAAAAGCAUUUCGCAAAUUCUUCUUCUCCAUCAUCCCCUGUGUUGAGGAGCAGGUCGAUUUACAUUCCCCCAAAGAAUAUACAGUACAUUACAAACAGCAUUCUUUUUCUAUGGAUGGAACACUGAGAAGAAAUGUGAACAAUUUGGUGCUUUGAAAAGGACAGUUUCAUUCUUUGUAUUUCUUAGCAAAUAAAUAAGAAAUGGAUGAUAAGUUGUUUGACUCAGUCAUCUGCAUUUAACGGUAUCACUCCAUUCUUGAAUGGCUUUAAGGUAAGCCGUUCCCUAAGAGAGAAAUCAGCCCUCACAUACCAGACCCACUGUUUAGUAUAACAGUAUAUGUUUGUUCCAAUUAAGUUUUUGUAAACUUCUUUUAUUGGCAUGCUAAUUUGAGUGUUCAUAUUGGUGUUUAUAUAUUUAUAGCUGCUGACAGCCCUGAUGAUGGGUGUGAACUUGCUACAAUCAGCUACAGAUUUUAAAAGGAAGAAUAUCCCAGCUGAAUAAAACUAUUUAUAGUAUAUUUUGGCAAACUGGUUGCUAAUUGAGUGAAUGCAUGACCCUGUGAAUUCUUUCUGAUCUUUAAGGUUUCAUAAAGGGGCAUGUGAGCAACUUGGUAUUGCACCUUCAUGCAGAGCGAGUUCUUACAAGCAACAGAGAGUGAGAUGUUUUGUAGGCACAUUUUCAGAUGCAAUAUUUACCAUAAUGCAACUGAGUGACAGUGCUAUUAGACAAUCCCUCCACUGCCCAAAUGUCCACUUAUUUAAGACCACAUUUGCUUUAUUCUGUCUCAACCCAAAUUCAACACUGGACCUAUGUAUAUAAUUGGAUAUAACUGCUUUAACACCAUGAAGGAGGGUGCCAGUAAGACUUACUUCAUACUUUAUUCUUUUACCAUUUUAAAACGCUCUUUAAUGCUUCUCUCUAUUUGAAUUUAAUUUGUUUCCUGUGAAACAGCUGCUUAAAACUGGAAUCUCUGAUGAAAUCUCUUUAAUGUUUUCUAGUAUUAAACAAGAAAUAAGGCUAGUGGGGUGUUGAGAGGACAUAAACUCGUGUCUUUUGAUCCCUUCAAAUCCCCAGGAAUGUCUGUAAAUGUGUAUGGAGAGUUGCAAAAUCCCUGUGUGCAUUUUUGAAUGCAUACAAGAAACUAUCAGUGUAUAAAUAAAUCUGUGGAUGUAUAAGGAUUAGCAUAUGUGAGAAAUAAAUGUUAAUGUUCUUUAAUUAGAGUGGAAACUGUUAGUUAGCUUUCUAAGCUGUAAAUUGAUCUAAAUUUGUAGCCUUUGCUUGUGAUUUAAGGUAAAAUCUUCACAACAGACAUUACAUUGAGUUUUACUCAUGUGUACAGUUAUAACUCAGAUCUGAGGGCACGCAUGCCUCCUUCCACACACAUUUGCAGACAACAGCAUAACAACCACACGCCCCACCUCCCUUCUCUGUGCACGGGUGAACAUCAGGUUUAAAUGGAGAAUAUAAAGAGACACCUUUGCUCUUUGAUUCUGACAGUCUGACACCGACCCUGACAUUUACCACCAAUUUGCCUAUCAUUGAAGAAAUCUCCUGUCGAGCUAAUUACAGCCGGUGGGAAUACCUCACGUCAGUUUCACGUCACAAUGUCAGUGUGUUGGCAAAUUGUUACCAUGUAUACAUGUUUAGUUUAAAGGCCAGAGGUUUGAUUUAAACCUUUAAAAAAGUCUGACAGACUUGGUGUCAACUAACUGCUCAUUAAACAGUUAAACAGAUUCUUUCCA